UCCUCUUCCACGAGGUGGAGCUCAACAACAGUUUAACAGGCUCUGUCCCUUAGACCUGAUGGGAGCUGCAGUGGAGCAGGUCAGCAGCAGCAGGAAUCCUACUGGGAGGUGCCUAAAAUCAGCUCUGGACUCUGCAUGUUUGAAAGCAUGAAAAAACCAAGAAUGUAUCUGAAGAUCAAAGAUGACCAGUGUGAUGGAACAGGAACAGGUGAUGAAUAUUGUAAUUUUAAAAUUGAGAAGAAUUUGGAAACUGGAUCUGUGAGUCUGGAAUCGGUGCAAAAUAAAGGGAUAUAUAUUGGUCUUCUGCCAGAUGGCCAAACUAAACCAGCUGUUACCACAGGGGAGAGAAAUAUCUUUUUCUACCUACAUGUCAUCAAAUUUGGCCGCAAAAAGCCUAUGGGAACAUCUGCAGCAUGCAAACAAGAGAAGAAAGACUUCAGAGAAUCUCAAUUCCAACCAGCAAAAGCCCAGGAGCCAGUACCUUAAAGGCCUUCGACUCCCCCACCCUCAAAAGAAAUGAGAAAUCCCCAAGGUGCUGAGUGUCCCCUUCCUUCAGAUGAUGAAUGGAAAGUGUCAAUGCUGACAGAAAAUGCAGGAACUGAAGAAAGUGUUGCUCUUUGGAUAUAUGGAGACAGAGGAUUAACUGGACCAAUAACUCUUGGCAAGGGCAGCAGGAAGCAACUGUUUUUUCCCAGGCAGGAAGAUGAAUUUCAGGGUAAAAUAAACAUCAUUGGAAAUAUCUAAAGAAUUGAACUUGAUGUUUUACCAAAUGAACAAACAGCGUGGAACUUACAAAGGGUGAUACUGCAACAUCUAAAGAGCAAGAAAACACUGAUUUUUCCAGCAAACACAGGGUUAUCAAAGAAUCAUGGUGAUAGAGAAUUUCUGUGUGAACUUUCAGUAGUGGAAGGUGGAAAACCUAUCUAUCCAAUUGUUUUACACCAUAUUUAUGUCCACAUGGGUGACUUGGAGCUGGUUGAGACAGGCUCUGCAGUUUAUUUGUGUAUCUAUAGAAAAAGAGGAGAUUCUGGUCUAAGACUUCUGCAUAAAACUGGGAUAGCUGUGACAUUUCAGAGAGGAAUGGUCGGUGUUUUUGAAGUGGAAGCUGUAUCUCUUGGGAAGCUGCAGAAGGUGCUGUUGCACUGUGAGGCCAGCCCCAAGUCCCAACAUUGGUACUGUGAUAAAGUCAUUUUCAGAGAAGCCGAGAAGAACUCAGAAUAUGUUUUCAAUUGUGAAAGGUGGCUUCCAUUUAUGUCUCAAGGUAUAAUGCAUUCAGAAAUUGAGCUGUACCCUCAAGAAGAAGACUGGAAGAUAACUGUAGUCACUGGGGAUUUUGAAACAGCUGGCACAACAGCAACAGUAUUUCUUUAUGCUUAUGGAGAAAACAGAGCUUCUGGUCCUAUUACUUUGGGAUCCGGGAAAGAGCAGCUGUUCGAUCCCAACAGUAAAAAUGCAUUUAAGGUUAAUCUCAUAGAUCUUGGGCUGUUACAUAAAAUCCGCAUUGGCCGUGACAACACUGGAAAUGAUCCCAGAUGGUACCUGGAGGAAGUCACAUUUGAAAAAGUAGUCCCUCUUUCUGUUGAAGAGAUUUGUCUCCCCAUAGAGAGCUGGCUUUCCAAAGACAAGGAUGAAUGUGAUACGUGGAGAGAAGUGGCAAUAAGGGACCCUGUAGAGGAGCUUUUGCCAUUGUUGGUAUAUGAGGUCCAUGUAUACACAUGUGGUAAACUUGGUGUUGAAACAGAUUCCAAUGUUUGUAUCAGCCUCAUUGGGACAAGAGGUACUGGCAAAAGGAAGCUCCAUAGAUCUAAGAAUGAUAAUGUUAAGUUUCAACAUGGACAGAUGGAUAUAUUCUGCAUAAGGGCUGUCUCACUAGGAGACUUGGAGAAAGUUCUGAUCAGCCAUGAUGGAGCUGGUCCAGGCAGUGGAUGGCUCCUGGAUAAGAUUGUCAUCAAACAUAAAGAAGGAGAGGAAGCUCAGGAGGUUGUGUUUCCUUGUAAUAGAUGGUUAGACGAAUAUCAAGACGAUGGGAAAACAGAGAGGGAGCUAACUGCCAAUAAGGAUGGCAGUUCAAUGAAAGCAUUCCUUAAAGGACCACAGUGGACAGUGCAGGUUAAAACAGAUGGAGAUUCCCCAGAGCCACAGGAGUGUAAAAGGACCCUUGUGAUUUAUGGCUCAAAGAGCAAAAGUGAUGAGCUUCUGCUUUCUCCACAAACCCUAGGAUAUGUGUGCUUUUUGCCCAGAGCAAAUGAUGAAUUAAUUUUGAGUCAGAAAUAUACAGUUGAGACUGCAGAUCUGGGAGAUGUAUACAAGAUUCGAGUCAGGUGUGAUGAUGUGCCAGGCUUUAAGGGCUGGCAUCUGAAGUCUUUUCACUUACAAGAGUUGCAUACAAAACAAGAACUGAACUUCGAAUGUAACUGCUGGCUCGCUCUGAGAGAAGAUAAUGACCUGAUAAAAGAACUCCCCGCUGUCACAGAGGACCAGAAAACUUUACCAGUAUAUAAGUAUGUUGUUUCUGUACGUAUAGGUGACCACUGGGGAGCGGAGACUUUUGCAAAUGUUUAUCUCACUCUCUAUAGCAAAAGAGGGGACACAGGUGUGAGGAAACUUCAUACAUCUUUAACAAAAGGAAGAAAAGUUCAAAGUAAUAAGGUCGAUUCAGUUUUGGUGGAAGCUGUUUCUCUGAGUCAUUUGCAAAAAGUGGUCAUAGGCCAUGAUGGAGAAGGCUAUGGGGUGGAAAUGUACCUCAAGAUGGUAACAGUCAAGGAAUCACAAGAUUCAAACAAAGAAUGGGUCUUUCCAUUUUGGAACUGGCUUGAUACCCAUCUGGGCUUAUGUGAGACUGUUUAUAAGAUUGCAACUGUUGGCAGAAGGUUGACUCUUAGUCCUAAACUGCCUGAUAUUAGCAUGAAGGUUUCCGUAAUGGAUAUCACUGGAUCUGACUUGGGUGGUGAAGAGGAUCCAAUAUGCCUAUUUUUAAUCUUCUACGGCAACCUGAGUCACAAAAAGUUUUCACUUCAAGUCACAGGAAAAGCAAUUCAGAUCAAAGAUGAACUGGCAGAUAUUGGCUCAAUAUACAAAGUUCAGGUAACUGGCCCACACAGCGAGCUAAAACAGCCAUGGCACUUAGAUUUACUGCACACGAAGCACACAGGCACAAAGGAAGAAAUGUAUUUAGCUUUUGACUGCUGGUUCAACGCUAAGGAAGACAAAUGUGUGGAGCUGCCAGCUCUCUAUGCAGAUCAGGAGCCUUUGCCUGUUGUGGAAUAUGAAAUCCAUUUUCACAAGGGAGACUUGGAGAAGACAGGCACUGGAGAGGUUUAUCUUUGUAUACAAGGAGAAAAAAGUGACUCGGGGAAGUGAUGGCUUAACUCGAUAAACAGCCUGAUCACUUUUGCUAAAGGGCAGGUGGGUAUUUUCAAAAUCAAAUCUAUAUACCUUGGCAAGUUAAAUAAAGUUUGUGUUGGAUUUAAGUCUAAAAAAAAGGCUGACUGGUGGUAUUUGGAAAAAAAUGUUAUAAAAGAAGUCCUCUACCCUUUUUCUGCACAUUUUUUUCACAAUGGCUGGAUCAAUUAACGCUCCAAGGAAGAUUUUGUAGAAGUUGCAAUUCUGCUCGAAGAAACAUCUGUGACAUCUCCUCCCAUGGAAAAUUUAGAUAUGAAAAGUAGAGGAUGAUGGCAAACAUGGGUGCACUGCACACAAGUACCAGAAGACGUUCCUAACAUUCAAGUUGUUGUAUUUGGAAGAAAAGGGAAAUCUCCUGCACAGAAAUUUCAAAAUCUAAGUGAUACUCCCUUUUUGUUUCUAUUGGGAUGGAAAUAGGAAAUUAAAUAAUUCAAAUACAUUAAUUUCUUUCUCUCAUUCUGCCUGCAGCUUCAGUUAAAAGACCUGGACACUAAACAAGAGUUGAACUUUCACACUGAAGCCCCAUGUCUGUUUGGAGAAGAUAGAUCUGGCACCGUGACAGAGCUUGCUGCAGUCAGGCCAGACCAGCCACCACUCAGGGAAGUCCUUUACUUGAUCAAUGUCCAUACAGGAACACUCCGUACAUCAGGAACUGAUGCAGAUGUAUUUAUUACAGUAUUUGGAUACUCCUGCAAAAGGAGACUAAGGCACUCGCAUUUUGAAAGAAGGCAAGUUUCUAUCUCUGGAAUGAGAACAAUAGACCUUGGACAGUUAAGCAAAGUGCUUGUUGAGCACCAUAAUGCGGGUUAUGGAGCUGGAUGGUACCUCGACCAAAUUGUCACCCGUGAAUCAGGCAAGACUGAUGAACAAUAUGUAUUUCUUUGCCAGCAACCAUUAGAGAGUGGAGUUGGUGAUGCACAGAUCAAAUGAACAUUGAAACUUCUUGGAAAAGUCAGGAAUGGAACGGUGACAGGAAAGAUUUAUGGGACUUGGGAUGUUCAUGGCACAAAUAGUGAUAUUUCUUCUAGUUCCAUGAACCCUAAAAUGUCUUUAACUGUAUGUGGUGAGAACAGAACUUGCACUUCAGUCAUAUUCCCCAAAGGAUCCUUUAAAAAAGAGCAGAUUUAUGAGGCUUCUAUUGAACUAAGUAAGAAAUUUAAUACUAUAUUCAAAGUUCACCUAGAAAUUGAAGAAGCUGGAGAACGAGAGACUUGGUGUUGCUGUGAGGUAAAGCUUCAACACAGAGACACUAAAAAUGUUCUAGAAUUCCCAUUUUAUCAUAACUUUGCCGAUGAAGAAGUAGGAAGAGUGACUGAGAUUCCAGUUUUCACAGCUGGGUCUCCUUUUCCAUCAGUGAAAAUCUAUGUUCCCUACAUCACUACAGGAGCUAACCCUGGGUCAGGAAUAGAUUCAGAUGUGUAUGUCAUGCUGCAAGACUCCUUGGGAGAUACUGGCAGAAGAAAGUUAAUUAGAAAUGGAGAUAAAAUUUUCACUAAAGGAAAGGUGGAUAUUUUUCGAGUGGAGGCCGUAGAUAUUGGUAUUCUGAAAAGGAUGGUUGUUGAAAAAGGGAGAGGCUCUGACUGGCUUCUGGAGAAGAUUAUUGUGAAAGAGUCAGCCUCUCCAGGGGCAGAAACAUUGUUUAUGGCUCAAACAUGGCUUAAAGAUAGACGUGAUGGAAAAAGAUCUGCCUCAGUAACUCUGGAUGACACGGAAGUUCAGGAGAGGAGGAGUACAUCUGUCUGGCCUUUAGGAAGACAGCAAAUGAAUUCAGAAGGCAGAUGGAGGACUUAUUUCACAAAACAUCAAGAAGAAACGAAAUCAGAAUUUGAAAAGUUGUCAGAAAAUGUAUCCAAGAUGGUUAUGGUUUUUUAUGGAAGCAAUGGCAAGUCAAAUCCAGUUUCCAUGGAAAACAAAGUAGAACAUCAGACUGAGAACCGAAUAACUUAUGAUACACAUUUGCCGUCCAAUUUGGGAAUGCUUUAUAAAGUGAGACUUGGCCUACCGAGUUUGGAAAACAACAUAUCCCAGUUGUCUCUUUGUCACUUUAAAAUACAAAACACAUCAACCCUGGAUACCUUUAGUCUCACCAUAAAUAAAACACUUCCUCUUUCUUCUAAUGGAGAUGGAUGGAUUGAAUUCCCUAUACAGUGGCCAUUAAAAGAAGCACUUUCUGUGGUUACAUAUCAUCUAACAGUAUUUCCAAGAAAUAUUUUGAUUGGGAGAAAUUUAGUGCAACGUAUAUAUGAUACUCAUGGUGACACAGGGGACAGAUCCCUUCUCCAGUCAUUGCAGAAUGUACAUCAGGGAGAGAAAAAUGAGAUACUCUCUCUUAAAUCAUUUCUAGUUAUUGUGGAUGCUGUUGACUUGGGAGAACUGGAAAAAAUUGUUCUUUUGAUCAGCAGCAAAACAGGCUGCAAACUGGACAUUAAAAAACUGCAUGUGCAAGAAGUUGCGAAGGAGCGUCCUAUCUGUGUAUUUGAAAUGAAUGAAGGCUUUUCUGUGAAUGCAAAUAAGUCCAAAAUACAGAGAGAAAUUCCAGGAUCUUUUGUUAUUAGAGGAGAGAAGCGAAAGAAUGACACAGAUAACAACUUGAAUAAACAAGGAAGUAAGUAAAAAAACCUGAGAGAGUAUACUAUUAAAGUGUACACAGGUGACAAAAGGGGAGUAGGGACUGAUGCCAAUGUGUGUCUUAUUUUGUUUGGGAAUGAGAACAAAUUUGAGGUAUUCCAACUUGCUCACUCACUGGAGCAUCAAAACCCCUUAGAAAGAGGAAAGGUUGAUAUAUUCAAGGUUAAGACAAAAAAAUUAGGCAGCCUACUCAUUGGCCAUGAUGGGAAAGGAUUUGCAAGUGGCUGGUUUCUAGAAAAAGUGGAAAUCACAGCUGCAGCUAGGAAUUUAAUGCAUCGUUUUAACUGUAGGUGGCUUUCUGAAGAUGAAAGUGAUGACCUUACCAUAGUGCAACUUUAUGCACAGCUGCUUGAUUUAUGA